UCGGUAGGCCUAGGCUAACAACUGCUUCACUGUAAUACUACUGGUCAGUGUCUAGAUCUAGAAUCUAGAUAGAAUCUACUGGUUCAAAAGUUUUUAAGUUUUAGGCGGCAUUAAUUUGUCAUCUCAUUUAGACUAUUCUAGAUCUAGGGCAGGGCCUAUAUUUAUCCAUAAAGAAAUCUUGAACUCCAAAUGACAGAGAAAAUAAGUUUUUCCCUCUCCUGUAAAAUUUGCUGCGUGUGGAAUUCACAAUUUCAUCAGGCGACCGACGAUAUAGGCUAGCUAUAGCUUUUAUAGGCUAGCAGAAAUCAGAUUCAGAAUUCAGAAUCUGAACAGCAAAAACUCCUCUGAAUUGAAUUUGUUAUUGAACAAUCUUCAGCUGCCUCCACACCCGAGUGUCACACACACAUCAAGUCGUGUCAAGGUGUAUUAUUCAAGUAUGAAGGGUGGUCUCUUUCAAGGGAAUGAACAAGAAAGAAGUGCGUAAAUCGUGUCUAUAACUUCUGAACGGAGAUGCUUUUCCUGUACAUUUUGCUUCAAUAACUUCAGAAUUUCAGCUAUGUCUUGGUGGAAUAGUGAUUUUGUUUCCCCCAAGUCUACAGGCAAAAUCAGCUUAAGACGCAUCAACUUAUUUUGUCAAGCAGACAUUAGUUUUGCCGUAGAACCUUCUUUAAGUAGAUGUAUACCAGAUAUAGCUUUGGGAAAUAUAAUGCCUGACAAAACUGACACAGUUUCUUUCAAUGAUAUUCUGAAUAAAGAUUUCAGUGGGAUUGGAAUGUCAACUCCACUAGCUAGCAAAACAAAAGGCAACGGAUUAUUAGGUGAUACCGCCAUGAUACCUCUCAAAGGCAGGAAUGGAACUGAACAGAUUGAUGAAAAAGUUUUAGUUGAGUGUUUUUGGGAUAAAAAAGAAAGUGAAGAAGGCGAAUGUGGGAAUGGUGUCGAAAAUGAAGUUAAAAGAGAUACAUUAAGAUCUGUGGUGCCUGGGAAUUGUGACAAUGUUAGUGUGAGACAUUUUGUUACUUACAAUGCCAGGUUGCUGCCAAUGAUGAAUAGUUCACAGACUAUUAGAGAAGAGCCUGCUGAAACAAGGGAUGAUGUGUUGAAUAAUUCUUGUAAAAUGGUAAAGACGCUGCCCAGUAACAGAGCUGUUGGAUGCCAAAGAGAGGAAGAAAAUGUACAACAAAGAAGACAUAUUUAUUCUAAAAUUAUGGCCCCAGUGAAAUCUGGGUAUGAUGGAACUGAUUGUAUUUGUUUGACGACUGUGGAUCAUAACCCAAAAGACAAUGGUCAGAUGUUGAAGGAAAAGUGUCCUCAAUUUACUGGUCCUAAUGUAGAAGGAGAUUUAGCAGACGCUGCCACAAAUGUUAAAACAGAACUUCCUUCCUCAUAUGCAGAUAAAGAUUACAACUGUCCAUUUGAAUUACCUACUAGUACUAGACCUGUGCUACUAACCUUUGUCACAAAUGCAGCUUCAGAGAAUAUAAAGUAUCACAAAGUCAAAGAUGCAGAUCUCAAACUAUGCUCUAAAAAUUCUCUUAAGUGCAAUGAGUUCUUUAAAGGUGACAGAGAGGGUAAUUUUCUCAAAACUGAACGAAAGCUUCAUUCAAGACUACUUGAUGUUUCAAAACACUGUCUCAAACUAGACAGAUACACUGAAAAUCCGCGGCAAGCUGAAGAAAAGGAAAAUGAAUUUGAAUGUACAGAGAAUUUAAAAGUGAAAAGAGUAACAAACAGUAUUGAAUUGACUUCUUCAAGAACUAAGGGUGAUAACUAUAGAGGUACAAAGCCACUAGAGAAGAAUGAAAUAAUGGAGGCACAUUCUCUAGCUCAAAGCAAUAUCAGUUUUGCGAAGAUGGAGACUGUCAAUCAAGAUUGUUUGAAUGAGAAAAGUGGUGCAGGCCAUCAAAGUGGUAGGUCUAAAGGGAAUAAAGUUGGAAAAGUGUACUGCACGAGGGCAAGGGCAAAAGCAUUGACUGAGAGUAUAGAGAAAAGUUUGAUGAAAGGCAAUUUGAAAUGUGAUGUGCCAGAUUUUAAACCUGUACCAAAAGAACCCAUAAAUAGUUCGAAAAGAAAGAUUUAUAAUACAAGGGCACUUAAUAGGAAACAGAAGAUGGAAGCAGAAAUGAAAGUUCAUUCUACUGCUAUAGGUCAGAAAAGUCCUGAAAACGAUUACCAUGAAGGGCAUAAUGUGUGUGGAACAAGGGCACGGGAACACAGCGGUAUGUCAUCACAUUCCACAAAGCCGCCUGUAUCUGAAAUGACAUUUGAGACCUUUAUAGCAUUGAGAACCAAACAUGAAUCAAAUGAUGUCUCUUCAAUUACUUCAAACUUUGAUAAGAAGUUAAGAGAGAGAACACACUACAGUGCAACAGUUAGCGGUGUACCUACCAGUGCAGAUAAUGGUGAAAAAAUGAAAAGUGCUAAUUUUGUUUCCAGUCGAGCAGCUGCUAUGAUUUGCUCCAAGAACACACACUCUUCCGCUGAGAAAGACCAGACAAUGGGAAGAGUAUUGAGAGAGCGAAAGCCAAAGUCUUCAAAUUUUGAAGCUGUACUUCCUGGUUAUGGAUAUAAAAAUGUUAAAAAAGUUGGGGAAUCAAAGCUGGUGGGGCAAGUAAAGUCAGUACAUGUAAAGAAGACUCAAGGAGGAAAUGGCACCAUGGACAGAAAACGUCAAGUGUGUGCCAAGGCAAUCCCUGAAGUCAGGAAUGAAAUGAGUUCUAAUUUAGCUUUAAAGAAAGAGAAGAAAGUCAAACAGCAAGAAAAUAAUCCAGGGAAAGUAGUCUCUCAAAAGUCUUCAACAGGUCCAUCUGACUUUGAGAACAAAUGCACAGAAGAAAAAAACCCUUCAAAAAAGCAUGAGGAAACACUAAUAUCGGUUAGUGAACUUUGUUCUGUAGCUGGGGAGAAAAAUGUUUCUGAUUAUCCCCAUUAUUCUAGUCAACAUUUGAGUUUGACAGUUUUAGGGGCAGAUACUAUACUAAACUGUGACUCUGGUAUUCCAAAUCAAAUUCAGGCAAAUCAAAAAAGGUGUGAACAAGCUAUGUGUCCUGACAUCAUUUUGAAUAAAACAGUGACAAAACUUCCAGAGAGUGGCUCAGAAAUAAGUCAUAUCAGCUUAUCUCAAAUGUCAAGAAAGAUACCAAUAGAAACUCAGGCGUCAAGGCAAAAAACAGACUGUGCCAGGACAAAGGCAGUAUUUCUAAAACCAGCUAAAAUGAGGCUUACAGAUUUUGUUCAUUCAAAAAGAGCUGUUCAGUCUGACUCAAUAAAGACUGAUGUGCCCGUGCAGAAAACUUCCAGCCAGAGAACAGACCUUGUCAAAACAAAGCCGAUAGCUCUUGCUCUUAAGCAAGAUGGAAAGAGAAAUGCAGUUGCAGUGAGCUCCAGAAAAGCUGAAGAGUCUAAUCAAAUUAGGAUUGAGGGAUUGAGACCUGAAAGGUCAAGAAUAAAAACAGAUCCUGUCAAGUCAAAGUCAAAGCUGACAGUUCCAAAAAAAAUUGAAAAGAAAAAGACAGUUUUGCUUUGUUCAAAGGCAGCUUUACCGCGUUCUCCAAAUAGUGCAACCACCAGCACAUCCUGUUGCAGAACUGAUUCGUCAGUAAACUUUGUUUCUUCUGAUAAAUGUGGGAUUUCAGAAGUCUUGAAUGAAAAUAAAAGACAAAGUGGUUCUCAUGCAAAUUUUGUUUCCUGUCCAUCAGCUACAGUGACUGGCAGUCAGAGAACUCAUUCUUCCACUGAGGAAGACAAGACCAUGGGAAGGAUAUUGAGAGAGAGAAAGCCGAAGUCUUCCAGCCUUGGGGUUGUGCAUCCUGGCAAUGGACAUGCUAUUGUGAAGAAAGUUGGGAAAUCUAAGCCUGUGGGCCAAACAAAAUUGGUGAAGAAGACUGAAGGUGGAAAUGGCCUCUUGGAAAUGAAACAUCAAGAGUAUGCAGAGCUGGAGGCAAUCACAGAAAUGAAGAAGGAAGUGAGUAGGCCGACUGAUUUGACGGUAAAGAAAGAGAAAAAAGUCAAACAGCAAAAAAGUAAUCCGGGGAAAGGAGUCUCUCAGAAGUCUUCCACACACACAGGUCCUUCUGACUGUGAGAACAAAUGCUCUGGGGAAAUACAGUCUUUGGAAGGGAAUGAGGAAACACUGAUGUUUGUUGGUGCUCAUUGCUCUAUAGCAGGUGGUGUCAGCAAUGCAGUAAAAGAGGCAAAAUCUCUAGGUGCGAAAGCUUUUGGUUUGUUUGUGCGUAAUGGCAGGACUUGGAAACUCAACGCUUUAAAUGAGAGUGAAAGUGAGAGGUUCAAAGCUGCGUGUAAGGAACAUGGCUAUUCUCCACAUCUUAUUCUGCCCCAUGGCUCUUAUUUGCUCAACUGUGGAUCAUCAAAUCCAGACACAUUGAAGAAAUCGCGAGACACUUUGGUCCAUGAAUUGCAGAUCUGUGAAAAAUUGGGUCUGACUCUUUACAACUUCCACCCAGGCUCAGCAUGUGGCCAAGGGACUGUGGACCAGUGUAUUGAUACCAUUGGGAAGAGCAUCAACCUAGCCCACAGCAAGACAAAGUUUGUUAAAACUGUAAUUGAGAAUAUGUCAUGUCAAGGCCAGACUGUUGGUGGCAGGUUUGAAGAACUGAAAGCUAUCAUAGAUAGAGUCAAAGACAAGACCAGAGUAGGGGUUUGCUUGGACACUUGUCACGCCUUUGCAGCAGGCUUUGAUUUGUCUUCUGAGGAGGGAUACACAAAGAUGAUGAAUGACUUUGAAGAGAAGAUUGGUCUGAAGUAUCUCAGUGCUGCCCACCUCAAUGACUCAAAAGGUGAACUUGGCUGUCACCUUGAUCGUCAUGAGAAUAUUGGCAAAGGUCGCAUUGGCAUGGAUGGAUUUCGAAGAGUGAUGAACGAUCCACGAUUUAGGAACAUCCCAAUGAUCCUGGAGACUCCAGUGGGCGACUAUGCUAAGGAAAUUCAAACCUUGUAUCAGCUCACAAAGUGAAGAGAGCACAUAAUCCAUAUAUAUUAUAUCUCUAUGUCAAACAAAAGACAUUGGCAUACCUCAGUGGUGCUCUUUGGUUGUGGUGUCAAAUUAGACACAGCCUUCCUUGAGAGAAGCACCUGAGAUUUUAACUCAGGGUAUUUUUUUAAUUUAGUAAUUCGUUCCACAUUUCUUUAAAUCAGUAUUAUUUGCCUCCUGUUUGACCAAUUGCACCCCUUUUUGUGGAUGUGAAGUCUGCAUAAAUGGUAGUUUCGCUUGAAUAGGGAGAUCUGAUGGCUCUUGCUAAUUUUUAGGUAUCUGCAGGGAGUGUGGGUUUGUUAGGGAUAAGUCUGGACUCUGCAGAAAUAAGGAAUUUUAAAAUCUAAGAAUGACAUAAUUAUUAUCAUUUUUAAUGUUUUGAUAAAGAGACAAGUGCAUUAUUCUUUUUAAUUGAAAAUGGCUCAUUAUCGUGACCAGUUCUUCUUUGCUUUCCUCAAAUGGAAGUGGCCUGAUCAUUUUCACUUUCCAUUGAGAUUGUCUUUUCGUGAAGUUUCCUAGUUUGCAGAAUAUAUUUCGCAGCAAAAUAGAUCCCUAGAAUUUUAUCUUUGGCAAGUUGCAUGUAAAAUUAAGAAGCGAUUACUGGUACUAACACUCACUGAGAGAACUGGUAUCAAGUGAAAAUUCAAGCUUAAAGAAGCAUUUUAAUUGGGUACUCAAAACAGACCUUUGUGCCACGAGCGGAGGGAAAGAUGGUUUUCCACACAACUUUAUCAACAAGUAAAAAGAUUUCUAUUCCCUGCUCAGAGAAACAAAAUGCAACCCAAGAAAGAGUGUCUUUUUGUUGUUUCUUUCGAACAAGUGACAUAUAAAAGAUCUUAUGUGGUGCUUGCAAAUGAAACAAAACUGGGAGAGUGACCUCCUUUCUGAUUUCCACACACCUUGUCACAUCUCUGCUUUGGGAUAUAAUAUCAUAUAUAAAAAGUCUCCUUCUCUCCAGUAGUGAUUGAGCUUCCUAACAAUAUUAUACCAAAAAUAUUAUUAGUAAAUUGAGUAAAAAUUAUAAAUUAGUUUAAAAAAACAAAAUUGUUGAAUUUUCAUAGAAAAUACAUGUUUCAGCGAGUCUGGUACGGUAUCAAAAUGAAGAUAAACGCCAUUUUUUAAAAACAGAAACUGAGAAAACUAGGUCAAAGUCUAGUGUACUGACACAGCUUGCUGUGUGAAAAUGUAUGCUUUCUUCCAUUGUUAGCUGGUAUCAUUUUGUAGGCUGGCUUUCACCAGUGGUCAGCUUCUCAGGCUGCUCGGGUCGCACUGACCAGAGCCCUAUUUGAAAAACUGACAAAUGCACACCCAAGCGCUGUUUCUUAAACAACUAGUUCAAAAGCUUGAAAGGUUGCAGUGGAGAAAACAACUGGGUGCAUUUUAUGCGCUUUUUCUCAGAAUGUGUUAAGAAUGUUCAAGAGCAUGGGUACGCUACUUUGUUCACAAGACUUCUUCAAAAUCGGCACUUAUUCAGGUGUGUGACAAUGACAUAAUUUUUGCAUUUUUUCCUUAACAGCACAAAAUCUUUCAUUACUAUCCGAUUGAGCUAAAAAAAAUGCUUGAAAU